AUGAAGGGCGUCGCGCUUUUCUGUACCUUGCUGGCCGGCACGGCCUCUGCACACAUGCAGAUGAUGAAGCCAUACCCUAUCCGUAGUCCUUUGAACAAAGAUUCUACGGGCCAGAAGGACUACUCAUACACGAACCCUCUUCAGCCGUCCGGAGCUGACUACCCUUGUAAGGGAUACGCCAAUGAUCCGUUUGAUUCCCAAGCAACCUACCAGCCUGGUCAGAGCUAUGAUAUGGAGCUCGACGGUAGCGCAACCCACGACGGUGGCUCCUGCCAGCUGGCCUUGACCUAUGACAAGGGCAAGACCUUCAAGGUAAUUGAGUCUAUGCUUGGAACGUGCCCAACACCCAAGAAGUACAACUUCCAAAUUCCCUCGGACGCCCCAUCAGGAGAGGCUCUCCUCGCCUGGACUUGGUUCAACAAGGUUGGAAACCGUGAAAUGUACAUGAACUGCGCCAUGGUUACCAUUGGCGGUAGCACGAAUGGCAACAACACCGAUGCCGGUACCGACCACAUUGAGAACAUGCCUGCUGAGCACGGCAAGUCUGAGGACAAGAAGGCUGCUCACCCUCCCCUUGAGAUGGCCACUCGUGAUGUUGGAAAGAAGACCGCUUUUAACAGCCUCCCUGAGUUGUUCGUCGCCAAUGUCGGCCAGGAGGGCAAGUGUGUGACCGUUGAGGGAGAGACUGUGGACUUCCCUGAGCCUGGCGACGAUGUCAUCGGCACUUCCGAUGGCAAGGGUUACAAGUGCUCUGGCAGCGCUCCUUUCUUGGGCAGUGGCAGCAGUGACUCGACUAAGAGCAACAGUACUUCCAAGUCUGACAAGACCAACAACAAGGAUACCAAGCCCAAGCAGGAUAGCAAGACCGACAAGAACGCCAAGAGCAACAAGGAUAACAAGGACAGCAAGUCCACAUCCACUGCCGAGAACAACAAGCAGAAGGACAACAAGACCUCAGACGACCAAAAGGAUACCAACAAGAAUGCCACUCGCAGCCUUCCCGAGGCUAUGUCCAAGGUCGCCCAGGCUUUCGGUACCUCCGGUGUCGCUGACACUCGUGUCCUCUCAACUGAUGCCACUACCAACAACCAGUUCUCCAACUACGUCAGCCGCUGGACCUGUGUCUCCGGUGAGAUUCUCUGCUCUCCUGAUGGCUACAGCUGGGCUAUGUGCUCCAACGGCGCUCCUAUCUACAUGGGCUCUGUUGCUGCCGGUAUGGUCUGCCGCUUAGGCGCCAUGGUUGCCGCCUCUUGGUAA